AUGAGAGUCACAGCGGUGCUGAUUGGGCUGCUCAUCUCGCUGUGCAGCCCCGUCCUAAGUUUCUAUGGCAACGAUUAUUACAACGACAGAUAUUCCGCACAAGGAAUUGCUUAUACUACCGAUGACAGACUUCACGGGCUCUGGUCUGACGAGGGGGCGCUGAAAGGGAACUACCUGUUUCCGAGCUCCGAAUGGGACAGUGAAACCUGCUCGGGAUGCACGUGUGAUGACGCAAACAACAACGUCACUGAGUGCACGGGGAACACGGUUAUUCUCAAGGGGAAAAGUUUUUACAACCUUACAGCUGGCGUCUUCUCGGAAUCAACCACAAGCAUAACUAUCAUCAACUGUCCGAACUUUGAGCUAUUCGAGGACGACACUUUCCUGAAUCUAACAGUUCUCAACGAAAUCACGGUCCAGGGAACGGCGCUUAACCACGUGCCAGAUCUGUCAACCACAACCGUUACGAAAGUGAAUCUAGCGGGAAACCAGAUCCGGAUGAACACAGAAAACCACCGUGGCUGGACUUGGCCGUCUACUAUAGAGUACCUCGCAUUAAUGGAUAACGUUUGUCACUGGAUUCCACCCAACUUCGUCAACGGCCCAAAUCUCCGGAUAGCGAGCUUUGCAAACAACGAACUACUUCAGAUCCAUCCAAAUAUCUUUGGUGACGUAUCUUCACUGAUAUAUUUAGGAAUGGACGGCAAUCAGAUCAGCAAGGUGUCCAGGAACAGCUUGGCCCCUAUAGCAACCAGUACAUUCCUACAUCUUAAUAUCAGUAACAACCUGAUAACUUUCCUACAGGAUGGAACCUUCAGUCAAUUCCCAGCCAUUCAGAUUCUAGAGGUACACCAGAACUACCUGAACACGAUCAAUUACAACGUGUUCUGGAACAUGCCAACCCUUCUACAUCUAGAUCUACAUAACAACGAUAUCGAGUACCUGCCGAGCCGGAGUUUCGAGAAUCUCCCAGAACUUAGAGAGUUGCGACUCCACUCGCAGAAAACCAAGAUGAAAGCCAUCGCUUAUGACGCCUGGACUGGCAUAGGAGAUGAGCUGGUUUACCUGUUCGUGUCUGAGAACGAACUGCAAACAUUCCCACAUCAGGUGCUGGAGGAGGGAUUCUACCCAAACCUUGAGAUCAUAUUUGCGGACAACAACGGUAUCCAGAACAUGACGGAGUACGGGGAGGAGGCGUUCCUCACGUCACAGAAGUACCUCUGGACACAGAAAAAACGCAACUUUCACUUCGCCUUCACAACCUACCCCGCACUUAAUACCCUGUAUCUGCACGGGAACUUCAUCGCGGACAUAGAGCGUGACGACCUAUGUAACAUGACGAACCUUCAGAACCUGUUCCUGGGCACCAACCUGCUCACAGAAGACCGCAUACACGACGACGCCUUCCAGUGUCUCCCAAUCCUGGACUACCUAGACAUGGGAAGCAACUUUAUCCAAUAUGUGCCUAAUGCACUGAAGAACAGCAGUGUGUUGCCAGCACUCACCCAGCUGAUCCUUAACAACAAUAAAAUCACCUUCAUCGAGUCCGGGACCUUUACGAAUGUGACCACCCUCAAUUUGCUGUAUUUGACAGGAAACGGAAUAAUUGCGGUGGAAAACGAAGCGUUUAAUGAUGAUAUUGCGUACCUUCACAUUGACUACAACGAGUUCCGGUUCACACACAAGUAUCCGUUCAGUAACCUAGGCAACCUGCGCGAGCUUUGGUUGAGUGGCAACAGCAUCGACUACAUUCCUCCAAACGCUUUUCAAAACUGUACUUCACUGCUUGAGAUUCAACUAGCGUACAACAAUAUUCCUCAACUUUUAAAAUCCCAUUUUGAGAACUGCCCACUGGCGGGAGACCUACUUUUUAACGACAAUGACAUCGGAUAUAUUGAGGACGGAACAUUCGACCACGUCACCGUUAUGACCAGAUUCUCAGUCGCUAACAACAAGCUGACUCGUCUUCCCAACGGCGGAGACUUCGCGGAUUUGACGGUGGUUGACUCUGGGGGACCCGGUCAGGGAAACAUGGACUUUAGUAAUAACCGCCUCGUCAUCUUGGAAAGCCACACGUUUGAGAACCUCAACAUCCAAAACACAAUGUCCCUAGUCAAUAACCAGAUAACACGUAUAAACUCGCAGGCGUUCAACGGGCUGACGAUCGAGUGGCUAGAUCUGCAAGGUAACCCUGUCCGGGCACUUCACUGGAAGUCCUUCUCAUCCGUAGCCGUGUCGGAGGCGAUCUUCCUCAAUUCCCUGCUAUUCUCGACCAUUCCGACAUACACUUUCUACGAUGUGUCGGCAAAAAACAUCUUUCUCCAUGACGGAAAGGUGGAAACGAUCGAGUUUGAGGCCUUUUAUGAUGUUUCCACUUCAGAAGACCUAAACUUGAGCAACAACAAUGUGUCAGUGCAGGUGGAGACGAUGUUUGGAGGCACGUGUAGUGUGGGGGAAUACUUCAGGUUGAGCAACAAUAACCUGACCGCUCUUAGCACCGACGCCUUCAACAACGCUGCCCUCACAAAGAUCGACCUCUCAAACAAUAACCUGGAUAUUUAUCCGCAGGCUCUGUUGUCACAAAAUCCUCAGAUCAUUCUUAUCGACAAUAACGGUCUCUCUCAAAUCAAUGAUGACUCAUUUUCCGGGCAGACUAACCUACAGACACUGCGCUUAUCGGAUAACAACAUUGAAAAAGUACAGACGGGCCUCUUCGAUGAUCUCACAGGUCUUCAGAUAUUGUACCUCCAGAACAACGCGAUCACGGUUAUCGGGGAGACGGUGUUCGAUGCCCUGGUUUCCCUAGAGGAGUUGUACGUCGAGGACAACGCGCUCAGUCACUUCCCCGCCCUCCUCACACAGCCAAUCACCACCAUCGACCUCUCCAACAACGACAUUGAGACAGUCGGGGAAAACGCCUUUACAUACCUCAGUACACUAACUUCACUCACGUUAACUGGCAACCCACUGGCGUGUCAGUGUCAGCUGGUCACUGCGCUCAAUGACGUGUCUACGGCACUGACGGGGGCGACGUGCGAAUCACCUACCUCUGCGUUCGGUGUAACAUUUGACGACACCACAGCACUCGACCCAACAUACUACCUCAACGUUAACGCAUCGCUCUUCCAGUGCUCUGCGGAGAACCUGCAGGCUGUCGCCAACUCCGGCACUGAGAUUGAAGUGAGCUUCGACCAGCCGACCGAAAUCUUCUUCCAGCCGAACUCCACCCUGGGCACCUCUCCCUCCCUCGACGGCUCCGUGGAAUAUCAGCUGACAUGCGUGAGCGACACUGCGGCUCAACUGUACGAUACGUUAACUGACAGUGACGCCACUUCGGGUGCUACGUCAUUCACUAUUACGUUUAACAGCAAUGUCGUAGCUGGUACAACAUACGACUGCUCCGUCAAAAUGGCCUACGAGGGUUAUACGAGCGGUAAAAGUAUUCCAACCACUGUCAUCACGCCCGACGCGACCACGCCGACUAACCCUGGAGCUCAGGACAUUGUUCUGGACGUGCUGUAUUACGACUUCAGUAAGACCCACACGGACUUUGCCGAUCUUGUCUACCCUGACGUGUCCAACCCCGAUAUUGUCCAUUCGCCUUAUGGGGCGUGGCUAAAAGUCUCUGAUACGCCCUCCCUGGACACUUUCUCGACAUGGUAUCGCUCGAAUACGGGCGUUAAUGUCGAGAUAAAUGAUACUCUUAUCCUAGCACAUCAGUCAGGGACGAUGAAAACGUUUUGGUCCGAUGCGUUUUUCCCGGUUGAUGGUGAAGGAUUUUCGGCCGAGGAGCAGCAAGAUUGUGAUGGCGUUUACCAUAACUUCGGCUUCACCAGCGCCGUACGUUCCGGAAUAACAUUCAACGGGACAGAGAAGAUAACCGUCGGCGGAGGAGAAGCCAUGUGGUUGUUCAUUAAUCGCACAAAAAUAGUGGACCACGUGGCCUCUCAGUCCAAACAUAGCGACUAUUGUUUCUAUGUCGACCUCUCGCCGGCUGCGUCUGUCGGUGGUGGGCUUGUGCAGCCCCAGCAGGGAACCAUUUCCUCAUCGGGUGUGUGUGAAAAUCUCGUUAACUCACCACUGUCAGCCGUGAUGGAGCUUGAGGUGGGCGAGAUUUACCAUUUCGACCUUUUUCACGCGGACACACGACGGUGUACCUCACAGUUUCUCUUCCAAGUGGAAGGCACGUCAUUCAGCCAAUCACCGCAAACAGAACUGCCCCUUGACUACAGUGUGGCAAUCGACGAAGAUUUCUACGUAGAUGACAUUCUUACAUCGGUGACGUUGGAGGACGAUUUUGCUGUCGGCCCUUACGUCAUUACUCUCUAUGCGGGUAACACGAAUCGCCUGUUCGAGUUUAAAGAUGACACUGUUGGGAACCAGUUUACCACCCCUGUCCCAACUGCUCCCUCCUACACAACUCUAAUUGAUCAGGAUGGGAAUACCGUCAUCUUUGUUGAAUGUAGUAGCGUUUUCACUCCGUCGUGGGGGAACGACUCGACAUCGGAAUCGUUCAGUAUUUCCUCGACAUCAGCGCUCUUUACUUUGAAGUCCGAACUGGAUUAUGAGACAACCACCGCUUAUUACUUCCUUAUGACUGUGGAGGACCAAGGAACUAGCCUCACCGGGUCCAUAGCUAUUAGGGUUACUGUUAACGAUGUGAACGACAACUGCCCCAUUCUGUCACCGGAAAGCGGUUCAAUGACGCCACUUCCGGUUCUCGUGGAUGAUCCGCUCAUGUACUUCAGUUCCACGGACAUGGACAGCGGCGAGAACAGCAACAUCAGAUACAUAAUCUCCCAAGUCAUUCCAGACCCACCUGUUGACUUCAACGACACCAUGGAUCUGUGGAAUGAUGUUUAUUUGAACUACACCACGCUGAAUUUCCAAGUAAUUGCCAUCGACAACGGCACGACACCUCGCGGCGAUAUAGCCACGGUUAACAUCACAGUCAGUAAUACGUGUGUCAUGGAUGUACUGUUUGGGGACAUACAGUAUAUAUUCGCUGUGAACAAGACCACAGGAGGGAUGACGCUAAGAAUCCCUAAAUACUAUGUGGUAGAAUUUUUGUGCAACGAGAAUCUCGGUUUGACCUCGGGUUUUGUUCUGGACUACAUGUUGUCCGCGUCAUCAAGUCUUGACGAUCUUGCCACGGGGCCCGGUAGAGGAAGAGUUAAUGGAACAGCUAACGUCUAUAGCGAGCUUGCCGGGGCAUGGGUGGCGAAAGUAGCUGACACUAGUCAAUACAUGGAAGUGGACAUGGACCUGCCGUAUCGCUUCACCAAAGUUCACAUCCAGGGACGAGAAGACGCGGACGAGUGGAUCACGUCCUUUAAAAUCCUGUAUUAUAAUGAUACUUCAAGCUCCUGGGAUGAAUAUACUGAUAGCAGUGGCCAGAAUAUAUUCCUAGGUACGACCGGAAGAGAUGCCAUCAACGUUUUAGACCUCGAUCCACCAGUACUGAGCACCAAGAUACGAAUCAACCCACAGACCUGGUCAGGUGGAAAUAUUUCGCUGAGAAUGGAGUUAUCGGGAUGUCAACAAUCCGAACAGCUUUAUUACGACGUGAGCUGUGUGCGGUGCGACGCAACUAACUACUGUGAGGGAGAGGGUAUCCAGAAGCCAUGUGGCCGCUGUGACCCCUAUGACCCUAGUUCCACGUGCGGCCGGAACCCCGUGGAACACUCGUUCGGCCAUCAGUCCGAGUGUACACCCUGCCCGGACGGAUGGAUCUGCAAGGACGGCUAUGCGACCAUCUGUUCGGAGUUUAUGUAUGCCGAGUGUAACGACACCUGGUGUCCGGCCGCCUGCAGCCAGUGUGAGCCGGGAUACGCAUGUUAUGACGGCCGCCGGACCCAAUGCACCCCGGGAUACUGGUCAGAUGGUUACAUGGACCAGUGCAAAGCCUGCAUUGCCGGCACUUACAACAACGAGACAGGCGCCAGUGGCUGUCUUGACUGCGCUGCCGGCUACUUUAGCGGCUCCGGUAUGACACAGUGUGACGUCUGCGAACCAGAGGAAUACGCCCUUAAUGACGGCAAGGGCUGUGUCGUGUGUGCGGAUGCCACAGAGUGCCCUUGUUUGACGUUUGACAAGUGUAAUAAUGGAACAGGUUGCUUCAACACCGGAAGUGGUGGAUACGCUUGCCUCCCCUGUCCCGACGGCUACACGGCGGCCGGAGAAUCGUGUGUUGACAUUGAUGAAUGUUUCGACAACAAUCCAUGUUUCAACUCGCGAUGUGUCAAUACGGUGCCCGGCUUUCAAUGCCUAGAAUGCCCACUAGGCUACAGUGGAACGUAUGAGGAUGCGUAUGCUUGGGACGUCCAACAGCGCGUGUUUGUCUGGCAGAAUGUUAUGCGGUCCAACUUUUCUUCUCAAACCUGUGAUGACAUAGAUGAAUGUUUGUAUGACAACGGCGGUUGUGAUUCGCGGAUGCCGUGUAUAAACACCCCAGGAAGCUACUACUGUGAUUUUUGCGAGACGGGUUAUAUAGGAACAAACAAGAGCGGGUGUUACCUCGACAACUUCUGUAUAUCCGGCGCACACGACUGCAUUGCGGAGGCCGACUGCAUCUAUCUCGGGCCUGCCCAGUACAGAUGUGUUUGCAAGCCUGGUUAUGCUGGGAACGGUGAGGUGUGUGGGCUGGAUAGCGACAAUGACGGUCAUCCUGACAAAGGUGUGUCCUGUCUAGACUGGGGUUGUAAACGGGACAACUGUCCGACGGUCUCCAAUAGCAACCAGGAGGACACAGACGGAGAUAACAAGGGAGACAACUGUGAUACGGACGACGACAACGACGGCAGAUAUGACUGGCACGACAACUGUCAAUACGUUUCAAACUGGGACCAGGUCGAUACAGACGGCGACGGUUACGGUGACGCCUGUGACGUCUGUCCAAAUGACGUCGAUCCCGAUCAGUUGGACAGCGAUGGCGACGGCACGGGUGAUGUGUGCGAUUCCGAUGACGAUGAUGACAAUGUUGCCGAUGGAUCGGAUAAUUGCCAGACAGUGUACAACCCCGACCAGUACGACACAGAUAGCGACGGUGUUGGUGAUGAGUGCGAUAAUUGCCCGACCACCUCGAAUGCCGGACAGACCGACACUGACCAGAAUGGUGCCGGCGACGAUUGUGAUAUCAUCGGAGGAAUCGACAAGGAUGAAGAUGGAGACAGUAUUUUGGACACUCUUGAUAAUUGUCCUAGUUAUCCAAAUGGCGACCAGUCCAAUACCGACGGUGACGGGACAGGCGAUUUAUGCGACGAUGAUAUAGACGGCGAUGGCGUUGACAAUGGUCUAGACAACUGCCCAUAUCUUAGCAACAACGACCAGACAGAUGUCGAUGGCAACGGCGUCGGUGACAUUUGUGAAGAAGAUUCCGACGGUGAUGGAAUUGCCGACAAAAACGACACAUGUCCACACGUCUCAGCCAUGAGUAACACAACUUUUGCGAAUUAUUUUACGAUUGACCUUGAUCCUACAGUCGACGACACUGAUCCUUUAUGGGAAGUAAAAGACAAUGGAGCGGAGGUUCAACAAAUGGUCUACACUUGGAAACCCUCGCUACUGAUCGGCGAACAAACGUAUGGCGCCAUUGAGUACGCUGGAACAUGGUUUACAACAGAACCAACAGCGACUGAUUACUUCGGUGCAGUAUUUGGUUACGUCACCAAUAGACGUUUUUACGCUGUCAUGUGGAAGGGUAACCAUUAUAACUACGGCAAUACAACGUGGAAGGCAGGAAUAACAGGAAUCCAGUUAAAAAUCGUCAACUCUACCUCUGGGCCCGGCACGACGAUGGCAGAGGCCCUUUGGCACAGCUCGGACACAAGCGACGAGGUCACUCUCCUGUGGCAGGAUCCAGACCUUCAGGGCUGGGAGCCAAAGCUGUCUUACCGCUGGUUUAUAACUCAUCAGCCGUCCACAGGAUACAUCAACAUCAAAGUAUACCGCGGCUACACUCUGAUGGUUGAUUCCGGGGACAUAUUUGAUGGCACGAUAUCCGGUGGUCGUAUCGGUGUUUUGCAAUUUGGUUACUUCCCCGUGAUUUUUUCCAACCUCCGGGUCGAGUGCCUUGACCAUAUCAAUAUGGCCCUAGCCUUUGACGGAAUCGAUGACUUCGUCGCGCUUGAUGAUAUCCAGACUAUGAAUAUGCAGGAAAGCUUCACAGUGGAGGCUUGGUUGAAGUUAGACGCGGGUUAUACAUCCGGGCCCUACCCCGUACUGUGUACGUCUAACAGCACGCUGUGUCUGUGGAUCGAGAAUGGCUACGUGUAUGGGCAAUAUGGUGAUUACAGCGUACAGUCGGCGGCCACAUUGAAUGCCGAAACGUGGUACAACGUCAUGUUCAGGCACAGCAUUUCGAAUGAAAGUCUCGAUGUAUUCAUAGACGGGCUUCUUAGCGGGACCACGUUAGACGUCCUUAUGGUUAACUGGACCAUCACUGCCUAUACGGAUGACCUUACGCUUUAUAUCGGGAGAGAAAACAGUACAUAUUUCAAGGGGACAAUUGAUGAGCUUCGACUUUACACUGUGGCCAUCCCAGACUCAGAUAUAUCAGAACACAUAGGUCUGGUCACACUGCAGCGUCCAGUAUGGAAGGAUUAUGGCGUGCUUCACUUCAAGAUGGAGGACUCACUCACCUCAACAAACCUGACCAACUCUGGCUGGUACACGGGGAACCUCCAGCGCUCCGGGGGUAACUUUGUCACUAGUUACCAGCAGUUCAACCAAUUCAAGCUAACCUAUCCGUACAACAGAAGAUAAAUCACGUGUUACUAAAGUUAUGUUUCCAUAUUGUGACUGCUUAUUGCAUUUCUGUUUAUACGAAUAUCUUUGAAUCAAAAUACAUUCUUUUAUCAAAAUAUGUGUUUCUGCUUAGGUAUUUCUGUUUCCUAUUUCAUCAUUAUUAUUAUUAUUAUUCUGACAUCUUUUCCUUGUUUUCUGCAUACGAUGGUUAUUUUAUAUCUGUGAUGUUUGUCUGUGUGGCACUAGUAGCUAUCUUCACAAUUUACACCCAUCAUUUUUAACCAAUUCAUAUGUUCACAUAGUAGUGUAUCAUUGCAAAUAAUUGUUUAGUUUUACAUA